GUGGCGCUUUCUAUUUUUGAACAUUUCGAAACGUGAUUAGUAAUCUAGCUUUUGGCGGAAUAUUUUCAAGCAAAAUGUUUUAUCACAUAUCUUUAGAGCAUGAAAUUCUUCUUCAUCCUCGCUAUUUUGGCCCUCAGCUUUUGGAGACAGUGAAGCAAAAGUUGUUUACUGAAGUAGAAGGAACUUGUACUGGAAAAUAUGGAUUUGUGAUUGCAGUAACAACCAUAGAUAAUAUAGGUGCGGGUUUGAUUCAGCCAGGUCGUGGAUUCGUAGUUUACCCUGUUAAAUAUAAAGCUAUUGUUUUUAGGCCAUUUAAAGGUGAAGUUCUGGAUGCGGUAGUAACACAGGUUAAUAAAGUUGGUUUGUUCACAGAAAUUGGUCCACUUUCAUGUUUCAUUUCCAGACAUUCUAUACCAUCUGACAUGCAGUUUGACCCCAAUUCUAAUCCACCAUGUUACAAGACUCCCGACGAUGUAAGCUUGGAAGAGGGGGGACUUAAUUCUUGCACUCAGUUAAAACUGGAAGCAGCCAAUAAAGCGAAACAAAAAACUCCUGCCACAACAACACCACCAAGUGACGACAGAGAAGACGAUCUCUCUCCUGUUCCAAAUUUAGCACCAGCUCAAAGAGUUCGUAGGGGUGCCGUUAGUGCAGAAACUUAUUCUGAAGAAGAUGCAACUACAUAUGUCAAAAAAGAGAGAGAUACAUUAUUUGGAAAGGCAUCAGAAAGUAAAUAUGAUACAUCAUAA